GGUCGCGUCGCGCUCGGCUCGCGCAGUUGUAUAUAUACUUACUGCUCGUGUAUACACACUACGCAGAGCAGACGUAUUCGCGUACUUAUUCGGCGUGAGCCGCGCUGCGGAUAACAUCUCGCGCACUGGUGGCCAAGUCAAAGAGACGACGAUCAGGAGGAGGACGUCGUUGCCGCACAAAUGCAGACUGCCCGUGGAGACGAUCACGAACCGGCCUCCACUGCACGGGACAGUUACCAGCGCUUCGAAGACGAUGCCGCCGAGCCCUGGAGCAAGUAUAACCGCGAGCCUGACGGUUCCGGCAGUCCAAACAGUCGGAUAAAAAUGCCUACAAGGGGGAGUGUGGACACUCCUAAUGAAAUGGGACAUCGUAUUCUGGCUGGUUUGGACAAUCAUAUGCUCACAGAAAAUGCUUCGUUAUCUCGCAAUCCUGGAACAACUUUCGAUGCAGAUAUGUAUUGGGAGAUGAAUUAUCAUGAAGCAGCAAUUUUUCUUGAGGAGGGCAGAAAUAAUGAAAAAUUUGAUUCACAUCCAAGGCAUCCAGAAGAUUUACCAGCAUAUUUGUUAGUCCACAAUAGCUGGUAUUAUGGUCUUGAUCUGUUUACAGCUUUGAUCUUACUAGGUUUAGCUUUUGUAGAGAAGCCAGCAGUACCUCUUUUUCAACUACCAGUGUGGGCUCAUGGUUCUAUAGAACUGCUGGCACUCACAACAAUUGGUGUUGAACUAGCUUUAAAACUAAGAUGGAUUGGGUGGGGAACUAUGCUUAAACACAAGCGGACUAUGGUAAAGUGCAUCACGCUCUUUAUCAUGUUCAUCGAGGCACUCAUCGUUUUGGUUCGCCAAUCGUCGCACUUAAGGGUGACGCGUGCUUUGCGCCCUAUUUUCUUGGUUGAUACGAAAUACUGCGGCGGUGUUAGAAGAUUCAUACGACAAAUUUUACAAACCCUACCGCCAAUUUUGGACAUGCUGGGACUUUUGCUGUUCUUUAUUUUGACUUAUAUGGUCUUAGGAUAUUAUCUUUUUUUCGAGAUGAACCAACAUUUCGAAACUUUACAGGACAGUUUUGUCAGUCUUUUCGUUUUACUUACUACGGCAAAUUUUCCCGAUAUCAUGAUGCAGUCUUUCGCGAUAAACAAGUGGUAUGCGAUUUACUUUGUAUCCUAUCUCAGCACCAUGCUUUACGUCAUGAUGAAUCUCAUGCUCGCCGUCGUCAAUGAAACCUUUACAUCGGCCGAGCGCGAUAAAUUUAAGAAACUGUUUCUUCAUAAAAGGAAAGCUUGUCAACAUGCUUUUAAACUUCUUGUCUCAAAGCAGAGCCCUGAUCAAAUGCGCUUCAAGCAGUUCGAAGGAUUGAUGCGGUAUUAUGCACCACAAAAAUCGGUGAAGGAUAUCGUUUUGAUGUUUCGUUACCUAAACAUUAGCGGCAGUGGGGCUUUAACGUGCGACGAGUUUUUAAAUAUUUAUGAUGCCACGGUUUUAAGGUGGGAACCACAGUAUUCUAGUGUUCCAUGGUACAAUAUGACAUGGCCACCUUUACAAAUUCUCUGUCAAGGAGCUCAUGCUGCUAUUUCAUGGGCGUACUUUGAAACUUUAGUUUAUGGCGUUAUCAUUGGAAAUGGUAUUGCCAUGAUUUUUCGACUAUUACAACCCGAAUCCGACCGAUUAAGGUCUGCUCAUUUGUUUGCUGCUUGCUGGGAUACGCUGCUUUUCGGCGGUUUGUUUGCUGCGGAGGCUCUGACGAAGGUGCUAGGUCUUGGUGUACGACGAUACUUGAGUUCUGGCUGGAACCUUUUUGAUCUCGGUACGUCAAUGAUGGUACUUGUAGCUGCAUCUGGGCUCACACUGUUUCCAAGCGCCGUCUUCCUAGUUAUGUUUCGACCACUUCGUAUGCUACGUCUUUUCAAAAUAAAAAAACGAUACAGGGAUGUCUUUGGUACAUUGGUAAUACUCACCCCACUGAUGUGUUCUACCGCAAUAGUAAUGUUAGUACUGUACUACUUCUUUGCUAUUAUUGGAAUGGAGCUUUUCGCUGGUAUCGACAUGAAAAACUGUUGCAAGAAUACGUCGGUGGAAGAUUUUUAUAAGUAUUCGGCAAACGUGACAACUGGUUUAGGAUAUUACUAUCUCAAUACUUUUGACAAUUUGAUGGCAAGUGGAAUGACGUUAUUUGAACUCACUGUUGUAAACAAUUGGUUUAUAUUGAUGAAUGCAUAUGCUGUCACCGUUGGAAUGUAUACAAGAGCUUACUUUAUGAUUUUCUAUUUGGUAACCAUGAUAGUUUUGACCAUUGUGGUGUCUAGUUUUCUGGAAGCUUUUCGCUUUAGGAUUCAGUACAAGAGAUCUACCACAAAACGUGAUGAAGAGAAGAUGCUUCACGAAGAAGUUGAAUUAAGAUACGACGAAUUAGAAUCUAUUGUUCAAGAUUUUCUAUUGAUGGAACAGAUUCGCACAUUUCUGCCAAUCAAUACUACAACAAUAUUUAUAGGAUCGAGACCUCGAACAAGGGAAGUUUUACAGCGUAGAAUGUACAUUCAUGAAAUUUUGGAAUGGCUAUCAGAAGCAAAGUCACAGGAAAGAAUAACGACGCCGUCUACCGUUAAUGAUUUUGAUGAAGAUAGUAUAGAUGAUCAAAUAAAUGAAACCGAUAGUGCAAUAUUAAACGGGGUUACGUUAACUCAGAGAAGACCAAGUGCUGUUUACAGUUCUACGUAAUAGUUGUAUGUAUAUAUAUAGCAAUAAGAAAAGGUUUUCUAUUAUUUGAGAAAAAUAUAAAACCGAAAGCACCUAGUCAAAAAAUUGUUAUAUUUUAGAAAGCACUGCUUUUUUCUAACAUCAAAUACUUAGUUGUGUAUGAAAAACAACUACAGCAUUGAUUUUGUUAUUACCAUGUGUAAAUUACUAUGUUAAUAGUAGUAAUCAUCGCAUCUCAUUUUCGCGAAAUAAUUUAUAUAACAUUGAAAAGCAUUUGUUGAUACGCCAAAGGAAAGUUGAAAGAGUAGUGCACGAAAUUGUAAAUUAUAUUGAAUGUAAGAUUACAUUCGCCGCAUUUAGAAAUUAAAAAUAGUUCGUUCAAUCAGGUUGCUAAUAGUAUUCUCAGACAAUACUCCACGUUAAAUGUUAAGAGCACCAGACUUAAUUUUUAAUAUUAUAAACAAUUCAAUGAAUCUUCCCCAGCACUGUGGUAUUAAAAAAAAAUUCUUUUGAUAACGUGUCAUUUUAAUGCGAUAUUUAUGAUGUAAGGUGAUUUAAAUAUAAAAUAUUAAAACAAGUACUAAAAUAAAAAAAAAAGUUUUAGUGUUUAGAACACAUUUAAGUUUUUAUAGAAAAGUAUACUUACGUGGAAGCGACUGUUGUACGCAAAAAGAUUAAGCAAAAUUGUAAUUAUGAAUUAAUUUUCAAGCGAAUCAAAGAUAGCAAAGGAUAAAGAUUUGUAAACAUAUUUUUUCAUCUGUAAGAAUUUAUGUCUAGUAGUUGUUUGCACCAAAGUAAGUAAAACUUAUCGAAACCGUUUGUACAGCGUAUUAUAAAGAUGUAAGAAAACCAAAAUAAAAUCUAUAUGUAUAUACACAUAAA